AUGAGCCAUCAGUUUCCCUAUUCACCAGAAUUCCAGGAGUGGGAAAGCACUUCUUCACGCCGUGAGAGCACCGUCUCAACCUCCACCGUGUCGUCCGCCUCCACCAGCAUCCUCUUCCAGAGCCCCGCAACCUCCCCCGGGACAAGCUCGCGGAAGCAGUCAUGGCAGCUCUACGAUGAUGUAGUGCGGCUCCAACUCAAUCCUCAUAUGUCCAUUUCUUUCAUCAAGAGUGGUCAACAGUUUAAACUACGAUAUACAUACAUCGACGUAUGUAAAGAUUCCACGGGGGCCUUGAAAUGUCUUGAGCUUGGGGGAGGUCUCGGCCAACAAGCACCCUUUAUCCACGCCUUCCACAAUACAAAACUACCCGUCCCACAUAUCGAACAUCCGAAAGACAGUGAACAGUACCCUCUCCGCAUCUCCUUCCUCGAUCAACAGACCGUCCAAACUGCCCAUGUGGUCUUCAUGACCCAAUUAUCAUAUAAAUUCGAAAACUGGGAAGAUUGUGUACAAUUUCAAGAACUUCUUCUCUGCUCCAAACUGGUCUUCCUGGGCGGCAUGGCCGAGGCCAAGUCCAAGGGCCGAGGCGAGGAGUGCAUCAGCCAGAAUCUUCGAGUCCUCCGCGGGCACAAUGGCAAACGGGUUAUGCUAUACUUUGCUAAUUCCCAACGUGGUGCGCUCAAACGCUACGUAUCCAUUCCUCUCAACUGCGUGGGGAGUGUGAAACCACCGAAGAAAGCCGGGCGGCCGGUCAUCAUCGAACUCAAUCCGAACUUUGAAAUCUUAUCGCAAAUGCGAAACCUUCAGAUCACGUUUCUGAAUGACGAUGAUUGCAAGAGCUUUUGCCAGCUGCUGUCCACGGACCUUACGAUUGGAUGA